UGAGAGGAGACAGGCAACAGUUCGGACAGCAGACCUCACUGUGUCUCCAACAGACCACAUCGCUCCCCACUGUCUCCGUUCACUGCAUUUACUGGAACCGAGCUUGAUUUAAAGCUAACAAAGCUGACUUUACAUAGGAAGAACACGGCUUGCUUCUCUUGCAGUUGAAUGGAAAUAAAAGAGAUUCUGUGACCUUGGAAGAUGAAGAUGUUGUUGCCAUGGGAACUCUUAAUCCUGCUGUCACUCAAGAGCUGCCUAGCAGAGAGAAUUAUUCGACAUGGUCCAGUGUUCACGCAAGAGCCCAGUGACAGUGUUUUCUCUUUAAGUGCAGACGACAACAAGAUAUUUAUUAACUGCAAAGCCAAGGGAAGUCCAGAGCCACAUUACAAUUGGAAAUUCAACGGGAAAGAUCUUGACAUUGGCAUGGACUUCAACUACAGUCUUGCUGAGGGAAACCUUUUGAUCAGUAACCCUCAGGCAACUAAACACGGCGGUGUUUACCAGUGUAUCGCCACUAAUGCAUUUGGAACCAUUCUGAGCCGAGAGGCUAAAGUGGAGUUUGCAUACCUGCAGAAUUUCAGCAGCAAGGCCAGAAGUCCAGUAUUAGUGAGGGAAGGACAGGCUGUUGUGCUCCUGUGCGGUCCGCCACCCCACUUUGGAGAAAUCAGAUAUUCCUGGAUAUUUAAUGGCCGCCCCAGCAUUGCUGUUGGGGACAACCGACGCUUUGUGUCCCAGAGGACUGGAAACUUGUAUAUCGCUAAGGUAGAGACGUCAGACGUAGGCAACUACACAUGUGUGGUGAGGAACGUGAUGACCAACACGACGGUCUACAGUUCCCCAACUCCAGUGGUGUUACGUCGAGAUGCUGUGAUGGGGGAAUAUGAGCCAAAGAUUGAAGUCCAGUUUGAAAAAAUGCUCCACGUUGCCAAAGGAUCAUCGGUUCGACUGGAGUGUUUCGCUUUAGGAAAUCCAGUGCCUUCUAUUUCCUGGAAGAGAGCGGACGGAAGCCCCUUCCCGGGAAAAAUGAAGAUAAAUCACUCAAAUGGUGUCCUAGAGAUCCCAUAUUUCCGUCCAGAGGAUUCUGGACUUUAUGAAUGUGUGGCCGAAAACUCCAAAGGACGCAGUAUUGCAAAAGGACGUCUUGUUUUUCAAAAUGUGGAACACCUGCAGUGGUCGCAGACUCUGUAUGACGCAAACAUGGCUAUUGAGUCUGAUCUUCACUGGGAGUGCAAGGCUAAUGGAAAACCUCAACCUGUUUACAGAUGGCUCAAGAAUGGACAGCCUUUGGUCUCUCAGGACAGAAUUCGUGUUGAUGGUGGCAGGUUAACCAUCUCCAACAUAAACCUGAUGGAUUCUGGGAUGUAUCAGUGUUUGGCAGAGAAUGAUAACGGAGUCAUAUAUGCUAGCGCUGAACUCAAAGUUGUGGCCUCACCUCCAGACUUCUCAAAAAACCCACUGAAGAAGAGCACACUGAUCCAGAGAGGCGGAGAAGCUAUCAUCGAAUGCCGGCCGCACGCGUCCCCCAGAGCUUCGUACUCUUGGAGGAAAGGCAACGACUUUCUGAAAGACAGCAAGAGACGGACCAUUUUAGAGGACGGCACCAUCAGGAUCACCAACGUUACCGAAUCCGACGCAGGGAAGUACACUUGCGUUGCCAGAAACCCCUUCGGUACAUCCAGCAGUUCCGGUACUUUAGUGGUCAAAGAACCGACCAAGAUUACAGUCCCCCCUUUGAGUAUGGAUGCCACAGUAGGGGAGAGCAUUGUCUUGCCUUGUGAAGUAUCUAAAGACUCCACUCUACACCCCGUCUUCAAGUGGUUCUUCAACGGAAAACUCAUCGAUUUCAGUAGACACGAUCACUUCGGGAUGAUUGGAGGGGGAUCUUCUGGAGAUCUUAUGAUCAGAAACGUGCAGCUGAAGCACUCUGGGAAGUACGUCUGCAUGGUGCAUACAGCAGUGGACAGUGUGUCUGCAGCGGCAGACUUAAUUGUCAGAGGGCCCCCUGGUGCUCCGGUGGGUGUGUUGGUGGGGGACGUCACAGACAGGACUGCUCAGCUCUCGUGGGGCCCCGGACCUGACAACCACAGUCCUGUUACCCUCUACAUUGUGCAAGCCAGGACCCCUUUCUCUAUCGGAUGGCAAGGCGUUCCUGAUUCUGUGCCUGGACAGAUGAUUCAUGCGACGGCGGUGAAUCUAAAUCCGUGGGUAGAUUAUGAAUUUAGAGUUGUGGCUAUCAACAGCGUGGGGGUGGGGGAACCCAGUGUGCCAUCCAAACCCAUUCGCACCAAAGCUGCAGAUCCUGAAGUCGCCCCAGCUAACGUGAGUGGAGGUGGAGGCAACCGAGGCGAACUCGUGAUUGUUUGGGAGCCUGUGCCGGAGGAGCUACAAAAUGGAGAAAAGUUUGGUUACGUGGUGGCAUUUCGUCCUCUUGGCACUACCACAUGGAAACAGAGCGUGCUGGCCUCGGCUGAUGCUUCACGUUAUGUUUAUAAAAAUGAUACUUUUCCACCACUCACACUGUUUGAGGUAAAAGUUGGCGUCUACAACAACAUCGGAGAGGGACCGUUUAGCCCGGUGGCCGUUGUAUAUUCAGCAGAUGAAGAACCCUCUGUUGCUCCUCCAAGAGUCUGGGCCCGCACUCUGUCUGCGUCUGAGAUCGAGGUAUUCUGGGAACCUGUCCACCAAAGCGGCAGCAAAGGACGGAUAACAGGCUAUGAGGUGCAGUGGUUGGAGGAUGGGUCACCAGAAAGCGAUGCAGAGAGAGUAAGAGUCACGGAAAGCUCAGUCAAUAUCACAGGUCUGAAGGGAAGCACGAUCUAUCUGAUGUCAGUCAGAGCACACAACAGCGCAGGCACCGGGCCCUCCAGCGCCCCCAUCAGCAUCACCACCAAGAAGCCACCUCCAAGUCAACCCCCAGGGAACAUUGAGUGGAACCUGACAAACUCAAAGGUCUUUCUGAACUGGGAACAUGUGAAGGCGAUGGACAAUGAAUCAGAAGUAACUGGCUACAAGGUUGUGUAUCAUCAAAACUGGCACAGAGGAAGCGGUGUAGUGGAGACCAACAGGACGUCCGUGGAGCUUCAGUUGCCAUCAGAAGAGGACCUGCUCGUUCAGAUCAAAGCCUUGAGUGACGGAGGAGACGGCAGCAGCAGCAACCCUAUACGUAUACCAAAGAUGUCAAGCCUGAACUCAAGGGGAUACUUCAGUUCAGACGCAAGCAAGAUGGCCCAUGUUCAUGGAGUAGUGUUUCUGAUGUUGUCGUGGGUGUUUUCAUAGAACUUUGCCUUUAUUUAAGCUGAAGUGUGUCAUUUCCAUGCCACUAAUGUCAUUGAGUGGAAUUACAAAAAUGACUAUGGUUUCCCAAACACUGUUUGCUAGAGUGUAGAGAAAUCAAUCUAAAAAUGGCUUGCUUGUUCAAUCUAAAAAUUGUUGCAUAGAUAGGAGAAAGCAUUUUAACAUUUGAAAAAUAAAUUACACACUUUGAUGGAAGCUUGUUUCUGCUAUGGAGUAAAAAAAGUAAUUGUGACUUUUUAUCUCAUAAUUCUGACUUUUUUCUUAGAAUUGCGAAUUAUAAAGUUAGAAUUGAGAUAUAAAUUCGCAAUUGCAUGUUAUAAUGUGCAAUUGUUAGGGGAAAAAGACAUUUAUAUCUCACAAUUAAGACUUUAUAACUCACAAUUGCAUGUUAUAAAAUAAGAAUUGCGAGAUAUAAACACAAUUCUGAGAAAAAAAGUCAGAAUUGUGAGUUAUAAAGUCAGAAUUACGAGAUAUAAAGUCACAAUUGUGCAAAAAAGUCAGAAUUGCGACUUUACAUUUUGCAAUUCUGACUUUAUAACUCACAAUUCUGACUUUAUAACUCACAGAAUUGUGAGAUAAAAAGUUGCAAUUACCUUUAAUUUGUUUUUUAUUUAGUGGCGGAAACAAGCUUCCAUACACUUCAGCUUUAACAUGGCAAAAAAUGUUUUUCUUACCAAGUAUUUUUGUCCUGUUUCAGUACAAAUAUCUAAACAUCCUUAAAUCAAGAUACAUUUAUUUGAGAAGCAAAAUGAGUUAAGAUAUUAAUGAAAAAAUACUAAGGAAGAAAAUCAUUUUUUAUUUUUUUUUUUGCAGUGAAAACAGACUUUAAAAUGUUUUGAUAAGGUUGGUUAUAGUUACAUUUUAUUUGACUUUUCUUUUUUUUGGUUAAGAAUUGGUGACUCAGCUCCAUUGCCUUAUAUUGUGAUGGUUUUUUACCUCUUUGUCAAAUUAUUCGUCUUUUGUAUGUAGAUUUUAUGCAAAAAAGCAGACUUUCUCUUUUAGCUAAUAAUUUUGCUUAGGUGUUCAGAACUGAGAUUUAAAUUGAGGACAAUAUUACAGUAAGUUAUGUAAUGCAGUAGUGACCUGGAAUGUUGGAUCUCCAAGAGAAAUCCUUGAAUUAUGAAUUAUGCCCAUGCUCUUUUUCCUCCUACACACGUCAGUCAAGCCAAUGUCUGUGUAUGUAAAAAGGCCUUUAGAUAGAUGAAAUGCAUUAUGUUGUUUUGCAUAAUCCUGAGAGAUAUUACUGUUUUGAUGAAUAGUGACAGUUUGGUUUAAUACAUAGUUUCUGGAUAAUUACACCGAUGUAUUGCUACUAGUUAGUUUUGAAUUAUUAUUACUUUGACAGUCAAGCAUUUGAUGGUUUGAAAUGAAACAUAUAUCUUGUUCCUUUAAAUUCAACCCAUAGUUCAUCAAUUCCCUUAUGAUUUCUUCUGUCAUUCAAAUUUUCCUAUGGGAGUCGGUUAAACAGUAGGAUAUCUCUCAAAGAUGCUUCAUCAUGUUUGUUCCUGUGAUCAUCUUUCUUUCAAACAUCUGCUGAGUUUGUACGCUUGAAGAUGAGACCAAAAUGUGUCAUCAGAACUUAGCUUAACCAGAUAUUCCCUCUGCCGGUUUCAUGUUUUCUAAAUAUUUGUGUCUAAAAGAAAUGUUUUAUAUCCUCUAUAGUUUUUUAUAUAUAUAUAUAUAUAUAUAUAUAUAUUAUUUAAUCAUUUUUUAAAUUUGUUUUAGAAUAUAAGUAAUGACCAUGCAAGCUUAAAACCAUUAUUUAUUAUUAUUUAAUUUUAUUUAUUUACUGUUAUUUUUUAUACUUUUGUAAUAUUUAUGUUUUAUUGUAUUUGUAUGUUUGAUUUAUUUUUAUGUGUUAAUCAUUUUUCCAUAUUAUCCAUAUUUUUUGCCUUAUUUUGAAAUUUAGCAUUUUAUAAAUGUAAUAUAUUCGUCUGGCGUUUUCUUUUGCUGUUAUGUAAGCAUUUUGAGCUAUUUAAUACCUUUGUAUUAAUCCUGUACAAUCUCUGAGAGAUAAAAUAAAUAAAAUUUCAUA